AUGGCCAUGCCCCUGACACGCAAGAGAUCUCUCCAUACCACCAGCCGGUCCAUAAGUCCUCCCGCUCUGCGUCGAAAGGUUGGUAUCACAGAAGACGCGGCUCCCACAUGGCCAUCAUCUACCGACUAUGUGCGAAUCUUCAGUUGGAAUGUCAAUGGCAUCGGUCCGCUACUCCAAAGGCCGCUCUCUUUCGACUCGGUCUCUCUCACGCCGCUGAGGUCAUUUCUCAAACGGCAUGACUGGCCCCAAUUGUUGUGUCUACAAGAAGUCCAGAUCAGCCCCAGGGACACUGCGACUCAACGACAGCUUCAACGUGCGGCCAAUCGCGGCCAAACACCGGAUGAGCCCGCGUACAUACUUCACCUCUCCCUGCCCAGAGACGAAUAUAAUGCUACCGGAUUCGGGGGCAAGGUCUACGGGGUUGCCACCUUGAUUCGCGACGAUACGUCUUCCCAAAUUUCCCUCACGCGACGGCCCGAUUGGGAUCUGGAAGGCCGAGUUUUGAUACAUGAGUUCGAAAUCGACCUGGUGAUCAUCAAUGGCUAUUGGGUAAAUGGCACGUCGAAUCCCUACCGCGAUCCUCACACCGGUCAGGUCACGGGCACUCGACAUGACCAUAAAUUACGCUUUCACCAACACAUGCUAGAAGAGGUACUCCAAGCCCAAAGAGAAGGGCGGCACGUGAUUAUGAUGGGGGACAUGAAUGUGGCCCGAGCCAGGGUUGACGGCCAUCCAAACUUGCGAACAUCUCCUCUGCAGCAUGUCAAGAACCGCGCCGACUUCAAUGCCAAGUUCUUCACCAGCAAGGACGGCAUGCGUGGCAUCGAUGUUUUCAGGCACCUGCACGGCACCAGCAGGAAAUAUACCUACCAUCCACGGGGAAGGAAUUGGGGCGAGAGCUGCGAUCGCGUGGAUAUGAUCAUUGUCAGCCGUGGCUUGGUGAAUGAGGCCGGAGCUGUGAUCGGGACUGAUAUUUGUGAUUCCGCGGUCGAUCGUGGACACAGUGACCAUGUGCCUCUUUGGAUAUCCCUUGACUGGUUCAAAUUGCAGUCCCAGAAAUGUCGAAUGCCCGGCGAGAGGCGGGACAAAAGUCCCUGCCCGUGGUUGUCCUGGCUCAGUGCUUGA